AUGGCGGAUCGCUUCCCUUCGUUGGAGGACUUCUCUGCGGGCCAGACCGAAGUUGUCGAAACAAACGGUGUAUCGGAUGAGAACGAUUUCCUAGCUCGUGAGCGUGCUAUGCUCGGUGAUGAUGCAGAACAGUUUGCGACCCCCCAAGAUCAUGUCGCUGCCGACGAUGUAAACAAUGAUGACUUACUGGGUGGUGCGGAUAUCGCUCCGGCCGCCGGGGAUGUUGAGCCUCAGGAGAUCGCUGGCUUCGAGUCCUCCUUCCCGGCUCUUGAUACCCAGAACGAGCAAGUUGCCCCUGGUGGUACGAUUACUGGAUCGGGUGCCCCCUUCCCACCUACCGGCUAUUCCAAUUAUACUUAUCAGGCACCAGAGGAGGACCCAGAGCCUGUUCGGGAAUGGCGUGAGCGGCGAGAUGCGGAUAUCCAGCGUCGCACGGAGAUCUCAGAAGAGAAGAAAAAUGCUACUAUAAACAAGGCCCGCGAGGAUAUUGACGACUUCUAUGUCUCGUACAACAACAAGACGGACAAGCUUCGUGCCCAGACCCGUGCUGAAGCGGAUCAGUUCCUGGCUAACCGUGAGGAUACCUCGUCCGGAGGCACCAGCUGGGAGCGCAUUGCGAAGCUUGUCGACGUCUCUGGAAAGGGAUCUAAGGGCGGUGCCAGUGGCUCCGGUAAGGAGCGCUUCCGUGAGAUGCUUCUUGAUCUCAAGAAGGACCAGAAUGCCCCCGGUGCCGGUGGUGUUUAA